CGUGAGUAUCAUCCAGAUAAAACCUUGCCAUACCUCCUACCAUGCGAUGAGCAGGAGAGCGAAAGGUUGCUAUUACAGCACUAUGUGAUUCGGUAUGCUCUUGGAUCAAACGUAAUUGCUCCCAUCGACACGUCGGUUACUGGUCAAGUCCUUGAUUGUGGUUGCGGCCCAGGCACUUGGGUUAUGGAAAUGGCAACUGAGUAUGAGAAUCUCGAUUUUUAUGGCUUCGACAUUUCGCCAAUGUAUCCUUCAGCAAUUCACCCUAAGAAUGCCCAUUUUUCAAUGGGAAAUAUCCUUGACCCUGAGAUUCCUUUUUGCUCAGACUCUUUUGUAUUAGUACAUCAACGCAACAUGCUUUUAGGCCUCACUCAGGACGCUUGGCCUGGAGUUGUGCAAGACAUGUACAGAUGUGUCCUUCCCGGUGGGCAAGGAUGGCUCCAACUUUCUGAGGUGGAC